ACAGCCGCGACUACAAGUCGGCCGAUCAGUUGUUCGUCAAGACUUGACCGCUGUGCCAUGGAGAACGCCGAGGCUGAUAAAUUCGAGGUGGAAGACAUUGUGUUUGCGGAAUAUCGCGGAUAUAUGCCAUGGCCGGGCAGGCUCAUUAGGAAGAACGAGCUGAGUGCAGUCGUCAUGUUUAUUUGCACUAACGAUUGCAAGAAAAUUAGCUAUCGCAAGAUCUGGCCCUACGACGAUCAACAAAAGAAAAAAUAUGUCACCAAGGAAGCCCUGGACUACGAGGAUUUUCGCUUGGCAAUAUUAAUGACCGAGCGGCUCAUGGGCGGCAACGACACUGACAUUAUCAACUAUGUCUGGGAGGUGAUGCAUCCAGGCGCCCAAAAUCCAUCACAGGCGGUGAACCCAGCCCCGGCCCCAGCCACGGCCCCAGCCACGGCCCCAGCCCCGGCCCCAGCCCCGGCCCCAGCCCCGGCCACGGCCCCAGCUGCUGCUCCUUCUACCAGCGGAGUCGCCGCUGCCGUCGCCGCUGCCGUUGCCGCUCCAGCGCCCACUCAGAGGGAAAUCGAACUGGCCUACAUGCGUAAGUUGCACCAGGAGAGCAGCUCCCUGCGGGUGGAGAGGCAGUUUGUAGGCGAAAUCAACACGCUGCGCAGAUGCCUGACCAUCAGCUACAAGAAAUACGACGAGGCGCUUGCCGCCUUCGAGCAGCUGCUCAAGAUGCCCGUCAGCCAGCUCCUGCUGCUGCGCAACUUCGAGGCCGUGGACUCCAUUCGCCUGCUGUGCCGCUUCGCAGCGAGUUCGGAGGCCCACACUGCCAACCGGGAUGCCGCCAUUAUGGUCAAGAGCCAGGCCAACAAGCUAAUGGCUGGCUUCAUCGCCUGCUUCGAGCUGCCGUACACCAAGGCCGACUUCUGGUCCGAGUUCAUCCAUCUCUCCGACGUCUACAUGCGCUGCACCAAGGAAUUUAUGCCCCGCCAAACUGGCGCUGCUGACAACAAAGGAACUCAAAGCGGUCUAUAAUCUAAUCUAAUCUCAAUUAACAUUGAACAUGGUAUAUACCCUCCUAUGUGGCAUACAAUAUAAUCGCAUUGAAACAUAGCUAAAUAAAUAAAUAAUCAUGA